AUGGCCAGAAACACCGGCUUUUACCCUUUGACACGCCUAACUCCAGCGUUGAAUAGCCACCCCAACCACAUCAGACCCCUUUCGUUUGGCCUUUUUAUCCCGCCUCGAAUCCUGGGAGCCGCUAAAUACGGUGGGCUUAACAUCCAUCCGUCCUUGUUGCCGGACUUUCGAGGCCCGGCCCCAAUUCACCAUACCCUCUUAGCCGGGGAGAAAAGUACCGGAAUUACAUUACAGACGCUCCAUGAAUCUAGGUUUGAUCAUGGCAUGAUACUUGAUCAAACCCGGUUCGACGUCCCUAGGCCAGGAUCGUACGACGUGCAGAGCCUCAUAAAGGUUGCCGCCGAGAAAGGCGCGGAGAUGCUUGUCAAUGGGAUUCGGAAUCGUCUGUUUGUCCCGCCAUUAGCACCGCUUGUGCAAUCUGUAGUUGUACCUGAGAGCGCUCUGAGACAUGCUGCCAAAAUCCGCCCCGAGGACCGCCAUAUCGACUGGUCGUCAUGGCCGUGGGAUCGAAUAUAUCGACAUCACAAAGUCUUAGGGUCUUUGUGGAACUAUGCUACAAUCUCAGAGACUUCACAGUCCGUUGACCCUCCUUUACAAAAACGGAUCAUCCUCACGGACUUGGAGAAUAUUGAACCAGAUUCUAUUCUCGCACCUUUGUCAUCCUUGGAACCUGGGAUACCUUUUGCGAUACCAGGUGAUUCGUCGAUGACGAACAAGGAUCGACCAUUAUAUGUUCUCACAAGUGACAGCAAAUUGGUUCGGAUCAAUCAAAUAAAAGUGGAAGGCGACAAAUGUAGGGGGGCCUAUGCUGGUGCCCUUAAAGCCAAAGUAAUGGGGCCUCUUGCACAGGGAGAAAAUUCACAUAUUCAGCCAAUUUCUUGUUUCUAUGCGCCGCUAAAGUGA